AUGGCGAUGCGCGUGACAAUCGCAAACAACGCGAAGCAGUCGCAAAGGGCUCCACUACUUGUUCCUGCAUCUGCUGCCUCAAGGCUGAAGCUGAAGAAGCCAUCACGAGUCUUCGUCAAGCAACCGGGGCAAGAGCUAGUGAACGAGGAACACUGGAAAACCAACAUCAAGAACGACAUUGUUUUGCUUGUUUCCGCCGGAGAAGAGUAUGUCAGUGUCAAGAAGGGAACGAUCGUACAUGAAGAUGUAAACCCCAACUGUCCCGUCAAGGUCCUCACCUCCAAUGCACCAGUUGAGUCGCUCUCCAUAACGCAGCUCACCACCACAGCCCACACGCUCCCAGGAAUCGUUCACGCAGUAGGUCAGCCAGAUCUCCACCAAGGCACCAAGUUCCCUAUAGACGCUGUCUUUGCGUCGAAGAAAUGCAUUCAUCCACCACUCAGCGGCGGAGACAUUGGUUGUGGGAUGGCUUGGUACAGGCUCACUUUACUUUGA